CAUUGCUAGGAGCAACAGCAGUAUCUGAUGAGUACAGCAGCUGUUGCAAGACCAGGUGACAGAGCAGUGCCUGAGAACAGCAGCAGCAUCACAGGAAUAAGCUGCACAUCCAUAAGUACUCUACAGCAGCAGCAGUUGUGGCCAGAGCCAAAGAUGAGUCAACACCACCACAAUGGCCACAGGAAACAACACAACAAGAAAGUCAGGAUUAACAGGGCGAGGAAGAGGCAGAGUUUGGUGACGACUUCUGCUGUGUUGCGGCUGUUUAUUGUGAUGGCUGCUACGGUGUCUCUUGUCCACACCCUGGCUCUCCCGGCCCCUGCUGACUCCCUGCCUCUCCCGGCACCUGAUGACUCCCUGCCUCUCCCGGCCCCUGCUGACACCCUGCCUCUCCCGGCCCCUGCUGACUCCCUGCCUCUCCCGGCACCUGCUGAUACCCUGCCUCUUCAGGCCCCUGCUGACACCCUACUUGCUGACACCGUGCUUGUUAAUAUGGUACCUGAUGGCACAGUACCUGCUGACAUGGUGACUGUUGACAUGGUGUUUGUUGACAUGGUUCCUACUAACACUCUGCCUGUUGGCACGGUGCUUGCUGAUAUCCUGCCGGUUGAAACGUUAUCUACUGACACUCUACCUGCUGACAUGGUACCUGCUGAUACAGCAUCUACUACUCCAGCACGAGUUGACCAAAUACUAAUAGAUUCAGCAUCUGCUGACUCAUCACCUGGUGAUCCAUCAUAUGCUGACUCAUCGCCUGCUGAUCCUUCAUCUGCUGACCCAUCAUCUGCUGACCCAUCAUCUGCUGACCCAUCACCGGCUGAUCCAUCACCUGCUGACCUGACAACUGCCUACCUGUUUCCAUCUACUCUGUCCUCAACUUAUCCAACUCGUCAAGGUGCAUGCGCUGAGGAUGAAUUCAGCUGCUUAAAUAGUUCUAUCUGCCUACCCAUGACGUGGCAAUGUGAUGACGUCCGUGACUGCGAUGAUAACUCCGACGAACUUUUUUGUGGUAAGUCGGGAUGUGUGUUGCACUCGAAAGACUUCACUCAAAUAUCAACAUUUAUUAAUACCUAAUAUUUCAUAAAUAAUACUUCUAAAUAUUCUUAGCUUGAAAUAGGAGAGGCCAGUACGCUCAUUCACUGAUCCAUAGGUAACUUGACAAAUGAUUUGUUAUCGUUACAAUAAAGGAAAUGUUAAGUUUACGUCUUAAUUUGAUAAAUCAAACAAAAGAUAAUAAUAUCUUUGUCAUAUAUUCUAUGUUGUUGUCCUCUAUUCUACUUGCCAGUUUUAGUUGAGCCAAUAAUUUUGAAUACUGUAAAUGGGAUUAGUGGGAUUAAAAUUUGCCACAUCUCCAGCUAUUAUCCAUGAUGCCAUAAAGAGAAAUAUUGUAUUAUAAAGAAAGCAGAAUAGAAUUCAUCAGAUUGUAUAUUGCUUCAGAAA